AGCUGUCAACGUCUUUAAAUGAAUGGACGAGUCUUCUGGCAUAUCACAUCAGUUUAAUUUUACUAUUUUACUACCUUGCAUUUUGUGAAAGUUGUAUUUAAUAUUUUGAGUUGUAAUUUUUUUUUACAAUGAAUAAAUUCAGUGUAUUUUAUUCAUUACUCUUUGUAGGAGUUCUACAAACAGUUUUAGCAUUAAAAGAAGGCGAAUGCGAAGUCUGUGUGAAAACUAUUGAUAAAUUUGCAGCCACGUUAUCAGAUGACGUUAAAAAGGAACCAAAACGUAUCGAAGUUGAGUUCAAGAAAUUUUGUAAAGGUUCAAAGAAUAAGGAGAAUCGGUUUUGUUACUAUUUAGGAGGAUUAGAAGAAUCGGCGACCGGUAUACUCGGCGAACUUUCGAAACCCCUCAGUUGGUCCAUGCCUUCUGAUAAAAUCUGUGAAAAACUGAGAAAAAAAGAUGCUCAAAUUUGUGACCUUAGAUUCGAUAAGCAAAUUGACUUGAACAAUGUUGAUCUUAAGAAAUUGAAGGUUCGAGACCUUAAAAAAAUUUUGAAUGAUUGGGAUGAAGUCUGUGAUGGAUGUAUUGAAAAAACUGAUUUUAUCAAAAGAAUAGAGGAACUUAAACCUCAGUACAUGGGUAGAUCUGACUUGUAGUAGGACAAUUCAAUUUAUAGAGUAAUAAACAGUUUUGGACAUGUGAUACCUCAUUUGGGUGUGUAAAUCAGCAUAGGAAGUCCAAGUGAAUAAUAAAUUAUUGCAUAAGACGUGAUUCUGUGGGUGUAUGCAUGAGUGUUGUAUGCAUUUAUGGUAGCAUAAAUUACCAAUAAAACUAAGUAAAUAUUUUUUUCAUA